GACCUCACGACCUUGGCAUGUUGUAGUGCCAAGGAAGAAGAGAAUACCGAAUACCGAAUACCGAAGAAGAGAAUCGCUAAUUGUAAUUUUUUUUUAUUCAUAAAGAACGGCCUGGCCGUAUUGCUUAUUGUUAUUUCUAUUAAAUAAUCAAUUUCGCUUAUCGAAAGUUUGCAUUCCAAUAGUUGACCCGGUUACAUAGUAAUAACGGAGCCGGUCUGUCUCACGACAGGAUCAAAAUCGAAUCCAGAUCCAGAUCGGCUCUCUGUUAAGUAGUGACUCCAGUGAUUCAGCCUGAUAUCUUAUCCUACUCCAGUGAAUAGUGACCCCGGUACAUGCUGAUAUUAUGCUAAGAAGAACAAGUAAAACUGGCCAUGACCUUCUGAGGUUGCAAUGCCACCGAAGAAAUAGAAAUAUUGAAGGUUCGGUCCAAUGAAGGUUGUAAAGGAAUAGUUGCCGAAUUUUUCGCGAGUUGACGAGUUCGAAGCAGUUAAUUUUUACACAGCCAUUUACUUGUUGACUGUGAAUUAGUUUUCGAUCGGAUUCUUAAAACAAAUCGAAAAAUCAUUCACUCUUUUACAAUACAUGCGUUACGUUACGCGAAACGUUACGCGUUACGGUCAAGCGCAAGCCAUUUUCUUCCCUUACUUCUCUUUUGCUGAACGAAUCGUUAGCUCAUGUUGGCCAUAUAAUGACUUCUAAGACUUGUUUUUACAUUACGGGGCUGGCUAGUUGUGGGGGAACAGUCCAGAUAUAAUUCAAUUGCCCGGCCUUGCCCUGCGAAAGACUGGUGCCUCUACCACUCGGGCACCGUAACGCCCCUAAUAUAUUUUAAAUUUCGCUAAAGAACGGUGAGUUGCCAAAAUGAAGGAACCGGUAUCAGAUCCCAGCCGAGCUGUACAGCCCAGACAAAGGACAGAAUAUCAGAAUCUUCAGACCAAUGCCUUUCGAGGUUCAAACCAAAGAAUAUAGGAAUUUAUGUCAAAACUCAUAUGAACUCUAAAACAACUAGCGAGCUUUACGGAUAAUCUCAACAAAACAGAAGUUCGUCUGGCUGUAACGCUGUUAGCCAGCGAUCAAAAGCUGCCGCACACGCGAUAGCUGUGGAUAAUUCAUGAACAUUCUAGCACGCCAUCUAAUACAAGAUUCAUAUCAUUUCCAUUUUUCAUGGGUGAUAAUUCGAUUAUAGUACAACAUUUUGCUACGGUCCGUACGAUACCCGGUACUUUGAAGACGUGUUUUAAUAUUUCCGUGCGAAACUUCAAGCCUCAAAACAAAGUAAAAAACAAACACGGAGGCGACUAGGACUGCACUGUCCAAAAAUCUCCCAGACCGAUCCAGCGACUCUAGCACACCGCAGAACAAGUUUGGGAACGAAAAUGAAAAGCAUGCUAAUUGAUUCAUCUUUUCGCUCUUUAACCGCGUUCUGUACCCCGGCUGUGUCACUCUCGCUCAUCAGGCCGCAAAUGAGCGAUGAGUUGUGUCAAUAUUUGCGACCGAUAAUGCGUUACGCUUCCCUCGAUAAGGUCACCCGCAUGCACGAGGAAGUAACGCAGCCAAUUAACACCUCCUGCGGCACGUAACGGGGCGAAUGCUUACAGGAAUGUAUCGCAACAUCGGUCCAACCUUCUACCAAACAAGCGUACUCUCUAAAGUAGAUCUGCGAGAAGGAAAGGGGAAAAGCUAAAUACUGAUACUGCUUGAUUGAAUGGGGUCAUUGCAUCAUAGUGUGGGGAUUUUGUCACACGCACACACACACACACACGCUGAGACGCAUUCCAAAUAUCGUAAGACUUAACUAACAUGCCGCUUGUUCAUUCAACCUGUCGCUUGCCCGCGCCGGUGGUAAAAGAUUAAUAGAUGUUGUGGCAGGCCGCUUGGAAGCGCCUAAUUUAUCGUCACAUUUCCCAAACCACACUGUUUGCAAACGUGGUCGUGAUAAUGAGGCCUGCCUAGCGGUGAUCUUCCGGUGCGCAAACCUUGACCAACUGAGGCAGACACCUCGCUGCAGGGUGUGCAGAUCAUUCGUGCAGUUUUCACUAAUCAAAAACACCCUCCAACACUACGAGCGACGCGAGUUGAAACAAUGUUCGCCUUAAUAGCGCUAAGGUCAACUGGAAAGCUUGUGCUGGGCGAGACCAACACACAAUUCACCUUUCCUUCCCUUGGGCAGAAUUUGUUUUGUUUGAUGUCUAAGCAAUCGGGUGGGUAGAGUCUCCGGAUGACCUUGAGUCCCUAAGUCGCUGUAGUAAACGCUCGUUUCACGAGCUGUAUUCGGGGAUUUGGAAAUACUGUUACUGCAUCUCAUGAGAUCCAAAAUGCACCAAGAAGCUGCACAAACCGUUGCAUUAGAGCGAUUUGAAAGCUUCAAUCGCCAAGUCCGAUCCUCACGUAUCACGUACCGAGGUGGUCUUUGUUCGGUCACUCGUCGGGCACCCUGUAAUCAAAUUCAACUCAUGCUCCCUUUGCAAAACUUCCUGAUGAUAAAUGCCGUGUGGUUUAGGCAAUAAAAAAUUGAACGACCACCGACAAGCGAGCUCACCCACAUCGACGCCAUGAGCCAUGAAACGAGUGAUGCUACGUACAUAUCGAUCAACCUCCGACCAUUCGCCAUUCGUGCGAGUUGCAUCGUGACCAUGUUUGCAGUGCAAAAAUAAAAACAAAAAAACUGCAAGCAUGUGUCGCAAUUACGAAACUGCCGAAAAAAAAAACCAAAAACCAGACUGUUAACACUGGUGCACCAAUUAGCCAUUCCUACCCCUCUAAUGGGGACGUUCGCGGAUGAUACCGAUACCGGUCACGCACCGUUACUUUCAUCGGAAAUGAGCUUUGUGUCUUGCACAAGACUUCUUCUAGCUGCAAAAACAAAACGGCCUGACCAUCGCCACUUACAUCUUGACCUACGACGUACGCUCGAUCGAUUUUUGGCAAAGAUUCAUAGCGCCUCUAAUUUUGCCCGUAACCCCGAACGGCACGCAAGAUCUCUUCUAACGCUUGGUUAUUAUUCGGCUGUCGAACCUAACUGUCGAAACAUUGCGUUGUGGUGCAAAGCAAAUGUUGGAAAAUUUGAAAGGAUUUUCCCAUGCCGACUGCAGCCCAUUUUCCUGCGGCAAUGAUCAAGGAUGAUCCGACUGAAUAAAUUUCGCCUUCCGAGAGACCUUCUCGGACCUCCGAUCUAAUUCGAACUUCCGAGAAAAAGCGUGCACACACACGCACACACAGACAGCCUUGCACGUCUAAUUUCGAGCAGCUUGCAACGGUCUCGACCAUCUACCCGAAAUUUGAAUACCUGUCCAAACUUCGCUGCACGACACCGACAGACAGAAGAACAUCGCCCCGAAAACCGAACGGCUCACGACGACCGAUUCAGAUCGGCACCACAAUAAUCGCGCGCGUUCGUUGACCAGACGCACGUAAGCGCGCAGAUGAAUCGCGCCGCCACCCCACUUGGAGCCUCGUGGAGCGCGCCGCGCCAUUAAUCGACGGUCCGACACUCCGACUCGCUGGUACGCAGCCGGAAGGCUUCAGUUGAGCGCAAGACGCCAACAACGGCACACCGCACUCCUUAGUGGUUAAGUGUACGCAACCGCGCUCACCGUGAACCUUCCCAUACGGGUGACAGUAGACCACCAUGGAAACGCUGCUAGAUCUGGCGGCCAACGUAACGCUACUCCCGGUGGACGAGUUUACCGCGCCAAGUGUUAGUUGGCUCGAUCGAAAGUGGAACGGGUUGUUGGAUGUAAUCGGUGAUGAUCUCGAAACGCUGUACUUUUGGUUCCUGACCGCGUACACCUACGGCUUCUUCUGGCUCGUCGGCGGCCUGUUCGUGCUGAUGGACGUCACCAAUCGGCCCCGGUUUAUGCGCAAGUUCAAGAAUCAGCCCGGCGCAAACGAACCGCUCGAGUGGGGCAGGCUGAAGAAGCUGGUCCGUACGGUCGCCUACAACCAGCUGGUGUACGGGCUGCCGACGUCCUACCUUUCGUUCCGCAUCGGCAAACUGAUCGCGUACAGCAUACCGGACCCGCGCCUGCUACCAUCGCUGUACAUCAUCGUACGGGACGUUAUGGUGUGCAUAGUGGCCUGGGAGAUAACGUUCUACUACAGCCACCGGCUGCUGCACUCGAGCUUCUUCUACAAGCGCAUCCACAAGAAGCACCACGAGUGGUCGGCGCCGGUGGCCUGGGCUGCGAUGUACGCCCAUCCGUUCGAGUUCGUCAUCAGCGAUCUGCUCCCGGUGUACGUCGGACCGGCCAUCAUGACCUGUCACGUGUUUACGAUCGUCAUCUGGUUCACGUUCGUCAUGAUGGACACGCUGGUGGACCAUUCGGGCUAUCAUCUGCCGGUGCUCGGUAGUUCAGAAAUGCACGAUUACCACCAUCUCAAGUUCAAUCAGUGUUACGGGCUGUUUGGCUGGUGGGACGGGCUGCACGGUACGGAUAGCGAGUUUCGCAAGAAGAAGCAGUACCAGCGGCAUCAUCGCAUCUUCAGCUUCAAGUCGGCCCGCGAACUCGUACCGGAACACUAG